UGCAGAGACCUGUACUUGGGUGAGCGGAGGCGGAGCGGCCCGCGCAUGCGCACCGCGGCAGGAUAGCUUCUGCCCCUCCGUGACAUCCAGCGGGACUGAGCGACUGCUGCUGCGCUAUCGUCAAAUACAUGCUCCGCCUAAUCCCGCAGCCCUCCUCGAGCUCCGGGACCGCUAGAUAAUAACGCGCAGACCGCGGCGCUUCGGUGACGGUAAUUGAUCGGGGUUCGACGAGGAUGAGGCUGAUCGUGACGCGUGCGGAUGGAGAGGAGAAGCGCGAGCUGCCGCCUCCGUUCAGAAACCCGUUCGCGCACGAGCUGCGGUUCACGGCGGCGCAGAAGCUGCAGAUCGGUUUGAUGACGGUGACGCUCUUCCCCAUCCGGCUCUUCAUAGCAGCGUUCAUGAUGCUGCUGGCCUGGCCGUUUGCCUUCAUCGCUUCGGUGGGCCGCUCCGAGACGGCGGUGGAGCCGCAGUGCUUAUGGAGAAAGCUGGUGGACGUGGUGCUCAGGACCAUCAUGCGGGUCAUGUGGUUUGCCGGCGGUUUCCAUUGGAUCAGCAUUAAGGGCAGACAGGCUCUGCCCGCAGAAGCGGCCAUCCUCACCCUCGGCCCGCACUCGUCCUACUUCGACGCCAUUCCCGUCACCAUGACCAUGGCUUCUAUUGUGAUGAAAGCGGAGAGCAAAGACAUCCCAGUGUGGGGCACUCUCAUCAAAUACAUCCGGCCCGUGUUCGUGUCGCGCUCGGAUCAGGACUCCAGGCGGCAGACGGUGGAGGAGAUCAAGAGAAGAGCUCAUUCAGGAGAGUGGCCACAGAUAAUGAUUUUUCCAGAAGGGACGUGCACCAAUAGAACCUGCCUGAUCACAUUCAAACCAGGAGCAUUCAUUCCUGCGGUUCCUGUUCAGCCUGUCGUGAUCCGCUACCCAAACAAACUGGACACUAUCACGUGGACAUGGCAGGGGCCCGGAGCGUUUAAGAUCCUGUGGUUGACUCUGUGUCAGCUUCACAAUGAGUUCGAGAUCGAGUAUCUGCCCAUUUACUCGCCCUCAGAGGAGGAGAAGAAGAACCCAGCGCUCUUCGCUCACAACGUGCGCCGCUUGAUGGCAAAGGCCCUGCAGGUCCCCGUCACAGACUACUCGUAUGAAGACUGUCAGCUAGCCAUGGCGGAGGGUCAGAUCCGGCUGCCCGUCGACACGUGUCUGCUGGAGUUCGCUAAACUGGUGCGCAGUCUGGGGCUGAAGCGUGUGAACUCAGAGAAGCUCCUGCAGGAUUAUGGGAAGCGCGCUCGUGAACUGCAGGGUCAGAGACCGAGUCUGGAGGACUUCGCCCAGUUCCUCGAGCUGCCCGUGUCAGGCGAGCUCAGACACAUGUUCGCUCUCUUUGACGAGAAUGAAGACCACUCGAUGGAUGUCCGGGAGUUUGUGAUCGCCUUCUCUGUGGUGUGUCGGCCUGCAAAAACACUGGACACCAUCAGGCUGGCCUUCCAGAUGUUUGAGGCAGAGGAGGACGGUGCGAUCACAGAGAACGAGCUGAUGUGCAUCUUGAGGACGGCGCUGGGCGUCGGAGAGCUCAGGGUCAGCCGUCUGUUCAGAGCCAUCGAUGAAGAGGACUCGGGUAAAAUCACCUUCGAUGGGCACAGUGAGUGUGUUGCCCACACUGAGGCUGCGCUUGCUGAGACAGACUGCUCUCACUGCGAGAACCUGAGUAUUGCCCUGCUUCGCUCACGGAUCGCCUUCUUCAAUGAAGGCAGCCCCGCCCCUCCUGCUCUCCUGUUUCUCCCCUCCCAGGAGCCUAGGAGGAAGAAACAGCGGAGUCACAGAGCUGAGUUAUCGGGCUCGAGUGUGCUCACGCCAGCACAGGUCCCACAUGCUUCACUCUCCUCACGAGACUAUGAUUCACCAGUGCACUUCUCAUGUGAGGAUCAGUGCCCUCAUCUGCAGUGA